AUGAAUGUUUCAGCAGAGGAGAGCGCGUCACCGUUGCGAUGGUCACCACCCACUUCGGCUGCCCUCGUGGCGGCCGCUUUGGCACCGCCGGCGCUCCGGCCCUGGCUGCCGGAGCCCCCCACCAAGAAGGCCAACCACCUGGGUAAGACAGGGUUGGUAUGCGUGGUAUGCGGCGACACCAGCUCGGGGAAGCACUACGGGAUACUCGCUUGCAACGGCUGCAGCGGAUUCUUCAAGCGCUCGGUCAGAAGAAAACUCAUAUAUCGGUGUCAAGCGGGCACGGGAAGGUGCGUGGUGGACAAAGCCCAUAGGAACCAGUGCCAAGCAUGCCGACUCAAGAAGUGCCUCGCAAUGGGAAUGAAUAAAGACGCUGUGCAGAACGAGAGGCAGCCGAGGAACACAGCCACCAUACGUCCAGAGGCGCUUCGGGAUAUGGACCAGGAGAGGGCCCUGAGGGAAGCGGCAGUAGCCGUUGGAGUAUUCGGGCCGCCCGUAUCCCUCGCGAUGGCCCUGUCGCCGGCGCGGUACCCGAUCCUGUCGCCGCACUACGCGCCGCUGCCGCCCCCCCAGCCCGCCCUCGCCGCGCCCGACUCGUCGCUCGACCACAGCGAGGACGUUGCGCACACCGACAGCGACGACGACAGCAUUGACGUCACGAACGAAGAAGACUCCACGUCAUAUUCACCCCCAACGGUGGCAAGCUACCCGCAGAACUGUCCGCCAUACAGGCCUCUGGGCGUGGAGAGCUCCGCAGAGACAGCGGCCAGGUUGUUGUUCAUGGCCGUGAAGUGGGCUAAGAACCUGCCCUCGUUCGCCAGUCUGGCCUUCAGGGACCAAGUGAUCCUUCUAGAAGAGGCUUGGUCCGAACUCUUUCUUUUGAACGCGAUACAAUGGUGCCUGCCUUUGGACGCUGCGUGCACGGCCCUCUUCGGCAACGAGCAGACCGACCAAGAGAGCGGCGUCAGCUCAUCAACUCUUCGCCGCCUGCGGGAAGUCCUGGCCAGAUACAGGGCGGUUCUUGUCGAUCCAGCUGAGUUCGCUUGCAUGAAAGCGAUUGUGCUAUUCAAGUCUGAAACGCGCGGCCUGAAGGACCCGCCGCAGAUAGAGAACCUGCAGGACCAGGCGCAGGUGAUGCUGAUGACCCACUCGCGGAGCGCCCACGGCGCCGCGCCGGCCCGCUUCGGGCGGCUGCUGCUCCUGUUGCCACUCCUCAGGCUGGUCCCCCCGCGCCACCUGGAGGCGGAGUUCUUCGCGCGGACGAUAGGCCAGACGCCCAUGGAGAAGGUGCUCGCGGACAUGUACAAGAAU